UCAGCAUAAACUAUAAAACAUUAAUAUGUCUAAAGAAGAGAUUGAGCUGACGGAAACUCUUUCAAAUUUCAAUCUAGGCAAUCCAGAUGUAACGGCUAUUCAAAAGCUGUCCUCUGACGUAGAGAAAAUAAUGAAGACUCUUCAACAGAACCAUGACGCCUACAACAGGCAAAAGAACGCCAUUGAGAUGUUGCAGAAGAAGCUGUUGGUUAAGAAUGACGAUGAUGAAGAAGUAGAUGAGGGAAGCGAUGGCAGAAGAGUUGGACCAGGAGAAAGAGAAGAAGGUGGUGAAAGAGGUGGGCGAGGAGGAGGAAGUGACCGUGGAAGAGGAGAUGGCUGUGGAAGAGGAGGUGGUCGUGGAAGAGGAGGUGGCCGUGGAGGAAGAGGAGGUGGAGGUGACCGUGGGGGAAAAGGAGGUGGCCGUGAAGGAGAAAGUGGCCAUGAAAGAGAAAAUGGACGUGGAAGAGAGGGUGAAGGAGAAGGUGGUCGUGAACAAGAAGGUGGCGUUGAAGUUGAAUAUGACCAUGGAGCAGGAGGCGGCCGUAGAGGAGGAGGAGGAGGUGGCUAUGGAGGAGAAGGUGGACGUGGAAGAGGAGGAGGAGGUGGCUAUGGAGGAGAAGGUGGCCGUGGAGGAAGAGGUGGAGGUGAUCAGCGGCAAGACGAUAUGGAAAAGGUAAGCCUGGAGUUGAAAGCCGGAGCUACGCAAUUCUAA